AAAUUUCUUGGGAGUCUCAUUUGCGGAGGGAUUCUCUCUGUGAUGUCUUUCAAAGUUUACCUGCGCAAACCGCCCGCCACCUCUUCCAAAGCCCCGUCCUUCCUGCUGACGACUCACGGUCAACUGAAACUGUCAAUCAUCCAGGAACAGGAAGUUCUUGCUGUAAGCGUUUUGGAGGCACGGGGUAUGUUGCACGAGCACCACGGGUCAUGUGACUCCUAUGUAGAGGUGGGCAUGUUUCCAGACAGCGAACCCAGAGACCGGCAGAAGACGGCAACGGUCCUUCAGUGUAAAACUCCUGUCUUUCUACACACCUUUUACUUUGUGAUACGUGACAAGGACCUUCACAAGCGACUGCUCUUCACAGUGUGGAACUCUAAUAGCGCCUCCAGGAGGAGUGCACUGCUGGGGUGCAUGAGCUUCGGCGUCCGCUCCCUCACGCAACCGCACAAGGAGGUUCGCGGAUGGUACUACCUGCUUAAGGAAGAAGUGGGCGUGAGGAAGCAUCUCAGAGUACCUGCGCAACAAAAGUCACAUCACAGCGAGGCCGUGCUCUCGAACCAUGGUGCUGCCCCUGAGACACAGCGACCUGAGAAUAUGCAAUGCUUAACGGUGACCAUCCUUCGAGGAAAGGAUGGAUACGGAUUCACCAUCUGCUCAGAUUCGCCUGUGAGGGUGCAGGCUGUUGAUCCAGGAGGCCCCGCGGACCAGGCGGGUCUCCAGCAGCUGGAUACUCUCCUGCAGCUCAACGGUCAGCCCGUGGAGCAGUGGAAAUGUGCCGAUUUGGCUCAUGCCAUCAGAAACAGCGCAAAUGAGAUCACGGUUGUGGUGUGGCGCAGCGGCCCCUCGGCCAAGCCCAACUUCGAUGGUCUCAUCCACCGACCGUCCUACGUGCAGUCCACCUCCAACUACGAGACGCCCUCGCCGCCCGCCCGCCGGCACGCCCCGGACUCGGGCGCCGGUGAUGGCGUUGCAGGUGGCGGCGGGGGCUUAGGGGUGGGCACCAUGCGGUGGGGCGCCCAGGGCGGCUCGGCCGAGGAGCUGGACGGCAAGCCGCGGCACCUCCAGCACCCUCCCACCGCCACGCUGAAGGGAACCAGGGUGAAGGCGUCCAACGGGGACAACUACAUCAUCCUGGCCCCCUACAACCCCGGAAGCCAGAUCUUGAGGCCGGUUUAUCAGGACAAUCAGGGAACCUUAGUCAGCAGGUUGUACAACACGCGGCAGGCCUCUGGGGCUCAAAAUCAGGCCGCGGGUACCACCGGUGGCGUCGGAACCUUUUCGUCGGGUUCAAGCGGAGUCGGUCCUUUCUCCAGCCGCUCCGGCUUCCUGCGCCGCUCCAACAACGGCAAGACGUCAAAACCCACCUCCGCCGGGACCGGUGUGCCCAACCACCCGCAGCAGAGUGCCAACUUUGCCAACUACCAAAACUGCACCAUCGUUCGCUCUCACGUCCCUCAUGGGAACUAUGGCUAUGUUUCCGUGGCGCCCAAAAUCCUCAUCUUCCCCAUCUUUGUUCAGCCUUUGGACCUGUGCAGUCGAGCUCUCAUCAUAACAGAGGAGAUGAUUUUGCAUGAGAGCAAGCAUCACUCCCUCAAGGUUACCGUGUUUGUCUACACAGACUUAAUGUUGGUCACGAGAGAGGACGAGCCUGGCAAAUGUAACGUCCUCCAGAGUCCUUUGUACCUGCGACACCUGCGACUACAGGACGAUUAUGCUGAAGAACUCCGAUUCUAUCUUAUUCACAUGACCGAGAAGUGCGACUGCCUGCUCAGCCUGGAAGCGUACUCGUCCGAGCAGAAGCGCCGCGUGUGCCAGUGCCUCAAGGACAACAUCGACAAGCAGCUCCAGCUUCAGAGGAGGGAGCCCGCUGUUCAACAUUUUGACCAGAUGUUGGAACCAAAGGUGGACGCCCCCUCUUGUGAGCUGGGCGGAGUCGGCGGGGAUCGAGGGGAAGUGUGCCUCCACCUGCCCCCUCGCACUUCUGAAGGGGAGGAGAGCAGCCUGUAUCCGUCCAGCCCCUCCGAACCCUUGACCCUGAGCAGUCCUCACCCCUCGGAGCCGCUCAGCCCACUAAAUGAAAUCUAUCUGCCCCUUGGCAGCCUGGGCGGGUCCGAGGAGCGCCACAGGGUGCCCCCCACGCCUCCGCCUUCCACCGAGGGAGAGGACUGGAAGAGCCUGGACGGACAUGAGAUGGAGAUCUGGAGAGAGGGCAACAGGAGAGAGGGAGAGUAUGAGGAAGAGGAGGGUGCGAGCGGGAAGAGCGAGUUGGAGGAGUUGGCGGAGCGACAGGAAGAGGAAGUUCACCUCCACCUGCUGGUGUCAAACGCGGACGAGGACAACGCUUCCGAGCCGCCCGACACAAACGCCCCUCCUUCGUCCUCCUCGUCCUCAUUCGUCAUCCCUGAGCUGCGCCUCGACCGCUCUUUCAGCGCCGACGCCCUCUCCUCGCCCAACACCGACGAAGAAGAAUAUGAUGAGGAAGAGGAGGAGGAGGAGGAGGAGGAGGAAGACGACGACGACGAUGACGACAAUUCUGAGGAGGACGACAGCGACGACGCCUACCUGCAGCGCAGCGACAGCAAGCGGCGCUCCAUGGUGGAGGGCGCCACCUGCGAGAAGCACGGCGGCGGGGGCCUCAGCGUGCAGAAUUCGCUGCGCCGACGCACCCACAGCGAGGGCAGCCUGCUGCAGGACCCGCGCACGCCCUGCUUCACCUCUGACAAUGCCAUCAACUGCUUAGAGACGGGCGGCGGGCGCCACAAGGGCGGCUGGACGCUACCCUCGCCCAAGACCCUGAAGAAGGAGUUGACCAAGAACGGAGGCUCCAUGCAUCAGCUGUGCAUGCUCUUCUCUGGGAGGAAGCUCAGCUCCGGAUCCUCCUGCAGCUGUGAGGUCGGCCCCGACGGAACCAAGAAGAAAAAGUCCAAGAACCUGGCCAAAGAUAUGAAGAACCGCUUGGCUUUCCUACGGCGGAGGAACGAAUCUCCGGGAAGCAACCCAGCCGGAAAGUUGGACAAAACCAUGAAGUCAGUCAAGCCCACCCCGGAGGAUGCGCUCAAAUGGGGGGACUCGCUCGACAAGCUGCUGGCGCACAAAUAUGGUCUGGCAGCCUUCAGAGCGUUCUUGCGCACUGAGUUCAGCGAGGAGAAUCUGGAAUUUUGGCUGGCCUGCGAGGAAUACAAGAAGAUUAAAUCGCAAUCCAAGAUGGCCUCCAAAGCGAAGAAGAUCUUUGCGGAAUACAUCGCUAUCCAGUCUUGUAAAGAGGUGAACCUGGACUCGUACACGCGGGAUCACACGAAGGACAACUUGCAGAAUGUGACGCGCUCCUGCUUUGAGCUGGCGCAAAGGCGGAUAUACGGGCUGAUGGAGAAAGACUCAUACCCCCGUUUCUUGCGCUCAGAACUCUAUUUGGACUUGAUCAACCAAAAAAAGGCCAGCGCCACUUCGACGUCCUCUUCGUCAUAAGAGGCAAAACUAUUCUCCCUAGAGGAGAAAGAGAGCGUGGUUGGGAUGCCAAGUUUCUUCUGUCUUGCCCCCUUUUUUUUUUUCUUUUUAAGUCUAUCGUCCUGUUUGCUCUAAACGUCUUGUUUGUUUUUGGGUGGUCGCAGGAAAGCUACAGGCACCGCAAAGGAAUGUGGUUUACUCCUCGAGUGGAUGGACUGUUUGCUAAAAACAUGAAAAGGAAAAAGGCUCGAAUUGUGGGGAGAAGCCGAGUGCUUGUCAGAUGACGUGGGGGUUUUGGAAAAAAAAACAAAAAACAAACCUGCAGACACGAAGACAGUCCGGUACUGUUUGUGACUUUUUAUUUUCUUGUCUCUUCAUCCAUUUGUUUCCUCGACAACGUCCACGGCGAAACCACACGCCAACAGUUGGUACGACCAAACCCCCCCCUCCCCGUCUUCGUUUCCAUCUCGAAGAGAACCGUCGCUUUGUUUCAGCCUCAUCGAGUACCCGUCUCAAUGACUGAAACAAACAGGAACAAAGAAUGCGCACGGAUGGACUUAUUUAAGACUUGAAAAGUCGUACUGACGGCAAGAACAAAAGGACUCGAGAACGAGAGGAGAAGCCAAAUGCCGUUUUCCUUCAACCGCACACGUAGCUGAUAAACAAGGACGCAUCUCUCAGGACAUGGCUUCAAUUUCCUUGAUCGCCGUUUUGGUUUUCAGGCUUCACAACUUGCACUCCCGUACUUAUACUGAGCAAUACACAAAAAGUAUCUUGGAAAACUUCACUUUGCCUAUUUAUUUAGAGUACCACGGUAACUGGCUGGACACCUACAAAAGCUCUCGGCUCAAAGCUUUCCUCUUAACCACCAAACAGGUCCGAUGCUGUCCUGAAUUUAAGUGCAAUAUUUUUAUUUUCAUGUUUUAUUAUGAUUAAUAUUAUUAUUAUUAUUAUUGUUCAUUUAUUUGGAUUUUUUGGGGGUGGGGGUGGGGGGGGACAAGCGGCUUUAGCUCUCGAUGAACUUUAUAUGUUAGGAGAGGAAAAUUAGAGCUCUAAGUUUUACUUAACAGUGAAAAACUCUCAACAAGCCUAUAAGUUGUUUCAUGGAUCGAAAGCAAGUCAUGAUUUUAACUGUGUGUUUGCCCCCCGGCAGCGGGCCGCCGGGAACUUUAUGGUUGUACAUAUAAUUCUUUAAGAAAACGAGGUGAUAAAAGAUGCAAAAAAAAAAAAAAAAAAAACAACAAUUGACGCGACCAGAAGGUUUCCACUGAUUGUGAAAGUGGGAUUCAGCUGUACUUAUGUAAAUAAAAGAGACUCCAAAAACUAUAAGAUGACAUGUAAUGUUGACGAAUAACAAAAUAGUUGAAAUGAGCAAGAACCGGGCACCAUGUUGGCCCUUUUCUCUCUCCCCCUCUCUCUCUCUCUCUCUCUCUCUCUCUCUCUCUCUCUCUCUCUCUCUCUCUCUUUCUCUGUCUCUCUUUCUCUCCCGGUCAUACAUAAUAACACUGCUUGUAAGAAGUUUUAUGAAUGCAUUUGAUCAUUUCCACUCUUUACAAGUCAAAAUGCGUCUUCUGUGAUAUCACGUGAAAACAGUAGAUUGCAUCUGGUGUCAAUGCUAAUGAUAAAUAAAACGAUCAGCUGACCAAGUCGA